CAUUACUUAAAAAAUGUCGAGACUCUCAGAAAUCAAACGCUCAAAUCCGUAGCCCAAAACCUCUCAGAAUCCGCCAUGGAUUUGCAGAGCGGAGUCCCAUUGCUGUUUCAGCAAUUCAAGGCUCUGUUCCGGAAGAACCUGCUGCUGGCAUGGCGGAAGAAGGCGGCGACGUUCCUCCAGCUCUUCUCGUCCUUGUUCUUCGUCUUCCUCCUCUUCUGUAUCCAGAAGGCCAUGAUGGCUCGAUUCGCCUCCUCCACCACUUACAAGAGCGUAACCGAUCCCCAGCCUCUGGUUGCGCCGCCGAUCCCGCCGUGCGAGGACAAGUACUACAUCCACAAGCCCUGCUUUGACUUUGUGUGGAGCGGAAAUGACAGCCCUAGGAUUCGGAGCAUUGCCACUGCUAUCAUGGCUAACAAUCCCGGCCGGCCGAUUCCGUCGAUAAAGGUCAAAUCAUUUAAAACAAAAGCUGAUGUAGAUGUAUGGCUAUUUAGUAAUCCUAUGUACUGCCCCGGAGCUUUGCAUUUUGUGGAAAGAAAUGCUAGUGUUAUUAGUUAUGGCAUACAGACCAACUCUACUACUCUUGCAAAACAAGGGCAAUUUGAGGAUCCCACAUUCAAAUUUCAAAUUCCCCUUCAGAUUGCUGCAGAGCGUGAAAUUGCUAGGUCUUUAAUUGGAGUUCCAAACUUCAGCUGGGUUGUUGCGCUAAAAGAAUUUGCACACCCUUCAAGGGAGAUUCCCUCUGCAUUGCAGACAGUAGGGCCGACCUUCUUUCUUGCAACUUCCAUGUUUGGUUUUGUGUUUCAAAUGAGUUCUUUGAUCACAGAAAAAGAACUAAAGCUUCGACAGGCAAUGACAAUUAUGGGUCUUUAUGACUCUGCAUACUGGUUCUCAUGGCUCACAUGGGAGGGAAUUAUCACACUUCUCUCAUCACUUUUCAUCACUCUGUUUGGAAUCAUAUUUCAGUUUGAUAUGUUCCUGAAAAACAAUUUUGCGGUCAUCUUCCUCAUUUUCUUUCUUUUUCAACUCAAUAUGAUUGGUUUUGCCUUUAUGUUAUCGGCAUUCAUAAGCAAGUCAUCUUCAUCAACAACUGUGGGUUUCUCCAUAUAUAUUGUUGGAUCUGUCACCCAGAUUGUCACAGCCGCUGGAUUUCCCUACAGCCAAAACAUCCGCAAAAGGUAUAGAAUAAUGUGGUCAUUAUUCCCGCCAAAUCUUCUUGCCAAAGCUCUAGAGAUACUCUCUGGUGCAACAUCUCCCCCUUAUGAUAUGGGCAUAAAAUGGAGUGGAAUAACAAAGUGUCCACCAAAUGAAACGGACUGCGUUAUAACAAUUAGUGACAUUUUUAAAUGGCUGGCGGCAACAUUCUUUCUCUGGUUUGUAUUGGCUAUCUACUUCGAUAAUAUCAUCCCAAAUGUAUCUGGUGUCAGAAAAUCAGUUUUUUACUUUUUAAAUCCUGGGUACUGGCUAGGGAAGGGUGGAAAAGUGGAAGAGGGUGGCAUUUGCAGUUGCAUAGGUUCAGUUCCAGAACAGGAGCCACUUACUCCGGAUGAUGAAGAUGUACUUGAAGAAGAGAACAUUGUAAAACAACAAACUAGCGAGGGCAUAGUUGAUCCAAAUAUUGCAGUUCAGAUACGUGGCCUCUCAAAAUCAUAUCCAGGGACCACAAAUAUUGGUUGCUGUAGAUGCAAGAGCACGUCACCUUACCAUGCUCUGAAGGGUCUAUGGGUGAAUUUUUCCAAGAAUCAGCUAUUUUGUUUACUUGGGCCAAAUGGAGCUGGGAAGACCACCACAAUCAAUUGUUUGACUGGCAUCACACCUGUUACUGGCGGAGAUGCAUUGAUUUAUAGGAACUCUGUUCGAAGCUCUGUUGGCAUGGCUAAAAUUCGGCAAAUUAUAGGAGUUUGUCCGCAGUUUGAUAUUCUUUGGGAUGCAUUGUCUGGGCAAGAGCACCUCCACCUGUUUGCUAGUAUUAAAGGCCUAUCCCCAGCUUCAAUAAAAGUGGUUGCUCAGAAGUCAUUGGUAGAAGUAAGACUCACCGAGGCAGCCAAAAUUAGAGCUGGGAGUUACAGUGGAGGAAUGAAACGUCGCUUAAGUGUGGCAAUAGCCCUUAUUGGUGAUCCAAAGUUAGUCAUCUUAGAUGAACCGACAACUGGUAUGGAUCCAAUAACUAGAAGACAUGUGUGGGACAUCAUUGAGGAUGCAAAAAAGGGGCGUGCAAUUGUCCUAACCACUCACUCAAUGGAAGAAGCUGACAUUUUAAGUGAUAGGAUAGGAAUAAUGGCAAAGGGUAGGCUCCGUUGCAUUGGUACUUCAAUCAGGCUGAAAUCACGGUUUGGUACUGGCUUUAUUGCUACUGUUAGUUUCAGUGAAAGCACCAAUGGACAAAGCCCUCCACAUGGGGAUGCACUUACUACACCUCACCAUGAGGCAGUGAAGCAGUUCUUUAAAUAUCAUUUGGAUGUUUUACCGAAAGAAGAGAACAAAGCCUUUCUGACUUUUGUUAUUCCUCAUGACAGAGAGGCACUUCUGACGAAAUUUUUUAAGGAGCUUCAAGAUAGAGAAAUUGAGUUUGGUAUCUCAGACAUCCAACUGGGUCUUACAACUCUUGAAGAAGUUUUCUUGAAUAUUGCAAGGCAGGCAGAGCUAGAAACUGCUACGGCUGAGGGGAGGUUGGUCACUCUCACAUUAACAUCCGGAGCCUUAAUCGAGAUACCUGUAGGAGCUAGGUUUAUUGGGAUUCCCGGUACAGAAUCCACAGAAAAUCCAAGAGGAGUUAUGGUAGAAGUUUACUGGGUGCAAGAUGAUUCCGGUUCCCUCUGCAUUUCAGGCCACUCACCUGAAACUCCAAUACCUCCAAAUGUUGAACCAAUGCCUUCCUUGGCACCUACUUCACGCCGCAAUCUGUUACCAGUUCAUGGAGUUGUAAUCCACCCUGAUCAAAUCAGUAAUACCACCACCUCUCAUUGAUACACUUGGUCAUAUGUUACCAAAUGUACAUAUUAGUUGUAUAUUUCACGAGUUCCUCCAUUGUGAGUACAUAGCCAUUUAGAAUUUCACAUAUUAUCGAUCACAUAUUUAUUUUAA